AUGUUUGACAUUGGGAUAUUCUUUCAUUUUAAUACCGAUAAAAACUAUGGAAUACUCAUACCCACAGAACCCACCUGUGACGAGAUAUAUGAUUAUACAGCUAACCCUGAUGAUGACAUUCAGGAGGAAUACGAUGAUUGCGUCACUGCUGUUCCGCCACCUCCCCCUCCCACCCCCGGUAGAUUCCUGCCUGAAAUCCCAGGAUCCGGCAAACCGCUCUCAUCGGUUCCCCCUACUCCCCCACCUUCCAUCCCAAAGCCCCUCCCAAACAUUCCACCCCCAGAGGUGCCAAAAGAAAGCAAGCCUGACGCGAGUUCUGAGCCCCAAAUACCUCCUGAUCACGACUACGAGAACAUGUUCCUGGGGAAAUGGGACUGCAAGGCCGACAGAAGCAACGAGCUGGGCUUUAACAAGGGAGAUAAGCUGUACAUUAUUAGUCGGGAGUUUGAUGACAAGAGUUGGUGGGUGGCAGAACUCAAUGGAAAAUUUGGUCUGGUGCCCAAAAAUUAUCUUACCCCCGCGUAUGAAUUGGCUAGAUGAAGACGGUAUCUGACUGAAACAGAUCAGAAUCUCUGUGAAUGAUUCCAAGUCAAUAUAGAUGAUACAUUAUUUCUUCAUUCUAAUAGCUAAUGCAACUUUAAAAAUUGACGUGCAAUAUAUGAAUUUUAAACUACCUGUAUUUAGUUUUUACAUUAAAUUAUUUUUUAC